AUGCAUGGUGGUGAUGAACCUGGAUCGUUUGAGCAUACUAUGGGUACUGAUAGGCCAUCAACUUCAAGUGGAAAUUGUGGAAAAGGGGAAGAUUUUGAUGAGCUGUUUGCUGAUUUCAAUCAAGAGCUAUAUACAGGAUGCACUAAGUUCACGAAGUUGUCCUUUCUAUUGAAGCUAUACCAUAUCAAAUGCAUGUGCGGGAUUAGUGAUAAGGGGAUAUCCAUGGUGCUUGAUUUGCUGAAAGAAGCAUUUACACAUGCCAAACUGCCAGACUCCUUUAAUGGCAUGAAAAAGGUCUAUUUGGAGCACUUGAGACGUGAGGAGCAAGGAAGGACAUUGUGCUUGGAGCUCAGUUUGACCGCGCAUGCUCAAGGAGAAGAAAGAAUCCGUUUGAAGCCAGCUCAACCGGCUUAG